AAUUUUAAACUUUUUAUAAAAUUAUCCAUAUUCUAAAACAAGACAGAAAAAUAAAUGACAAAACGGGAUCUAGUUCUUCGUUAACAUCGUUUGCGGAAAGCUUAAAAAUCUGAACACAUCAGUCACUUCUGCUGCUGCUCAUCCACCUCCGCCACCAUCGCCACAAUUCUCUUAUCAACUUAUCAUCACUUUCUCAUGGCUGCGUGUGGUUUAGGGACUUCAACCCUUACAGUUGCAAACUUGGAGCUGGGCUUUGUUAUACCCAAAUUGAGCAAUUUGCAAACUUUGUGUGGUUUGAGGGCUCGAAAAUUUGUCCAAUUUAAUGAUCUGGCACUGUCACAUAAUUCAAAGAAAGCUAUAUUGAUUAGGUGCCGGAGUUCGAAUUCCGAGGCUGGGCCUGAUUCCACUACCAAUUUGGAGAACAAUCCUGAAGAAAGUCUGUCAUCUGAUGUGCCAAGCACAUACGUUCCCAAUCCGUUUGAGGUAGAAUCUCUUCUUACAGUUCUGUGUGACACAAAAUCAAUCAUGCAGUUUGAACUUAAACUUGGGGAGUUUCAAUUACAUGUGACUAGAGAAUCGGCUGAGCAGAGCGCACCUCCACAAGCUCCAGUUCCUGCACCAGUUGCUGCCCAUGCAGCUCCUGAAACUCCUGGUUCUGAUAAUUCUGAACUGUCACCGCCUUUAGCCCUCGCCAAAUCAUCAUCUUUCUCUGGAAGAGUUCAGACCUUGCUUGACAAGGCAGCGGAUGAAGGUUUGGCAAUACUUCAAUCUCCAAGGGUUGGAUACUUUAGAAGAUCUAGGACGAUUAAAGGGAAACGGGCUCCUCCAUCUUGCAAAGAGAAGGACACAGUGAAGGAGGGUCAGGUGCUCUGCUACAUCGAACAGCUAGGUGGAGAAAUACCUGUUGAGUCCGACAUUUCUGGUGAGGUCGUUAGGAUACUUAAAGAAGAUGGCGAUCCCGUUGGAUAUGGUGAUGCUCUUGUCGCAGUCCUUCCUUCCUUUCCUGGAAUAAUGAAGCUUCAAUAGAUCCUCCUACGAAAGUCAUUAAUACCUGAUGCUCCUAGCUUCAGUUAUCUCUUUCUUCUACCAAUAUUACUAUGCAAACACCAAUAACUAAUACUGGAAUUAGGUUGAACAAAUUAAAUAAACGAACAGAUUAGCUCUAUGAAUAUUAUUAUGUAUUCCUUGCCUAUAAAUAGAAAUCUAGUUAUUCUUGACUUCUUGUAGACCCUACGUGACUUGUCUGAUGUUGCGUGGAUUUUUCUGUUGUACUGACUCUAUGAACAUGCUACAUUUUUAUCGAAAUGGAUUCCAUGAUCCAACUUUUGUCA